AUGUGCAAAUCCAGCUCGUUUAUGGAAUGGCUUCCACCAGAACUCCUCACCAUCAUAUUUUCCUAUGUUCACGAGGACUCUAGGAGUCUCUUCAAAGAAAUUAAUGAUAGAAUCUCUGCUGAAAAGCGUCUCGAGAUGAAUCCAGAGAAGCCCGACAUCCUCAAACGGUCUGAGCUCACAGUCGCGAGAAGCAACGCGCAGCGUUACCUCGCGUCCUCGAGCUGCUUUCCUUUCGCCCCAGCCGCCGUUUUCAACAGAUGGAGGAACGUCUUGUGUUGUUCUCCGGCCUUCUGGGAACAAGUGGUCUGGUUCAUCGACUCCAACCCCACCUCAGUCGAAGAAGCCAAGGCACACCUCGCGCGGACACGUGGACUGCCCAUAGACAUAACGAUAACGCGACGCGAGGAUCUGAUCACUGCCUGGAGUGAAGCACGAGAGAGAGCUCGCGUUUGGACGUUCAUGGAUAUUCUCCUUCCGGAAGCGCACCGCUGGCGUAGCCUCCACAUCGACGUCGCCUCGAGCUCAAGUCUGCCCAUCAUCGCCACCGAGUUCACGGUCAAAGCGCCCCUCCUCCAACUGAUAUCGUUCAACUGCGAGCGAGACCGACCCCCCACAAAGGACAACAUGCACAACGGGUACCAAAGCUACCUCAAUCGGGUCGCGCUCUCGAUGGACGAGUCAUUCCCUGUGUUGACGGUUCUCGUCCUCGAUGGGCUCAAUUUCGCAUAUUGCUGCGAGGAGAGGCGGUUCUGGGUCGGACUUGAGACCAAGCUCGAGCAAUUGGCGGUCAUCAAUUACCGCCCUGGCGUCGUCCUCGACAAGGUGACGGUGGUGAAGGCUUUCGAACGGAUCUCGUCCGUGACGACGCUCCUGUCCUUAAAAUUCGUCAACGUCCGUUUCGCACCCCCAAGGCCAAUUUACCCCGACGAUCCGCCCUUCGUUCCGUUCGAUAUAGACUUCGUCGAGGACUUGGUACUCGACACCAUCGAUCCAGAGCCCUUGCUAGAAAUAUUCGAACGAUGCAUCUUCCACAGCCUUCACUUCCUGCAUAUCGCGCGAUGCCCCGACCUGCCCAUCGGGUUACUCGGAGACCUCGACCAGCAAUUACGGUUCCUCUCUUUCGACGACCUGCCGCCGACCGUCAAUCUCGAAGGCUUCGUCACAGACCUGCGGUCCAGAGCACUCUUCUUCGCCAACUGCCCAUUGGUUUCUGAUAGCUUCCUCGAAUACCUUACCCGUUACAAAGACGUCGCAACACAGCCAGGCGCCGCUACCGUUUACCCAGGCGGACGCAGGUUUGCUUGCCCUAACCUGAAUGCGCUUAUUAUGCAUCAUUGCAAAGACUUCUCUGUGGAAAGCAUGAAAAACACAAUAGAGAAACGACGCUUCUUCCUCGAUGCGGAAGGUCCGCCACUUCCAGUGAUGGUCAGACCGGAUUUACAAUUUGUCUUCAUGAAGGGCUGCAUCCAAGAUCGACUCUCCGAGGAAGACCUUGCCUGGUUCAAGAAGCAGGUUCCGGAGUUCGCUAUUGAAGCUUAG